AUGAAGAACCAGAAAAUGGCGAAUAGACCGUCACGCGACAACAACAAGGUGUUCGCCAGUUUGACUCGCAAAGAUGAUUCAGAUAUUGAUCCGUCUUACAAGAUUUUCUUGGAAAAUCUAAUUGAAGAUGGAAGUGCGUAUGUGUUUCAUAUGCCAAAUGGGGACCAUGGCUUGCCUGCUUCCAUCAGGUAUGAAGAGGAUGUUAUGCCAUAUGGAGCCGCAAAUGCCAGAGACGGCACAAAUGUCCCCAAAAAAUUGCCACACACAAGUCGGGGUGGUCCGAACGUCGACCGACUAGAUCAAACAUCAGGCAGCGCUGUCAAUGUAAAUGCGGGCCAUUCCUUUCUCCCAAGGACAUCGUCUGUGAAGAAGAACACCUCAGAUGUUGAUGAAUCUUACGCAGAAUUUCUGAGCCUCAUGAAGAUCAAGGAUGGUUUCAUGGUUCUUGAGCUGGAACCAGGUGUUACUGUGGUAUAUGAGCAAGAGGAGGAGACACCCCCUGGAUAUGAUGAAUUGAGAACUGUGGUUAUGUCUGAACGUGGAAUUGACAGGCCUGCUCCAGACAAUUUGCAUGGUCGGGAUUCAAUCUGCACAGAUGAGCAUGGAGUUGUACCUUGUACUGAAUCUUCUGAUUUUGAGGCAUGUGAAGAUUGUGAAGAAGAACCGCUUGCUCUUAGUUGUGGUGCUCCUUCUACAUUUGAUGAAAAACUUGAUUCUGUUUUAAGUCAGCCAUAUGACCAAAAUGAAUACGAAGAGCUUAUGAGAAAAGCCACUGACCAGAAGCCUGUGAGCAGACAAAGACAAUUGCGAAGUGGAUCCAAACGCUAUCCCACAGGAUUCGUUGGACUGUCGUAUCUUGAUCACUACCCAGAUCUGGCCAAGCAAAUCGACACUGCUGACACUAAUGAGAGACGAUUGAACCUCCUGCGAAAAUUCUUCUUCUGGCUGGAGAACUUAUGCCAUGAUGGAGCACACAUGCCAUGGAUCCCCAAGGCACUGGCCUGCAAUCCCAUCGCACCAGAUGACUAA